UGCAUCAUACAGUCUAACCAGGGAACAGCCAUCUUGGUUUUAGAUAACAUGGCGUCGAGGGCAAUAACGUAAUAAUUUCAUUUUAGAAGGAAGUGCCAGAUUUGAAGAUGAUUCUUGGAACUAAUUUGCGAUGUCUCAUGCUAUUGACUGGGUAUAUGAUUUUGGUGUUCGGAGACCCUCAGGCUUGUACGUAUACCGAAUCAUCCAACUCCUACGAAUGUAACGCGCACAACUGGGCUUUACCUCUGCAACUGACACAGUUCAACUACACACCACAGGUACUGUCUUUGAUACAGGUAAAUGGCGAGCUCCCAUCAUCAGCCCCCAGCGGCCCAACAUUUGACGGAUUUGAUGGCAUCGACAGCUCGACCCUUGACCCCAAUUACGUGCCCAGCCUCCACAUCCGGUGUGCUAUUACCGGUCAACUCAUCCUGACUCCGGGUUCUUUUGCAAACAUGUCCUAUAUAAACGAGCUUCGAUUUUUUGACUGUUCCGUGUUAAAUCUUGCUGAUACAGUUUUCAGUGAACUUGUGGAGCUGAACUAUCUCAGUUUUGACGGCGGGUUGGUGAGUAACGUCGGUUUUGAUGCCUUCUCUGGUUUGAAUAUCUAUCCUAUGGCCGUUCCCAACCCUCUGGGUCUUUUGGCCUUUCGAAAUUCUCAACUGACAUCUUCUGGACUUCCUAACGGCGUCCUGUACAACCUAGAGAACAUCACACAGAUUAUCAUAGAGAACUCCGCUUUACGAGUGUUACAACCAGAUAUGUUUAAGAAAUCGACAAAACUGACGUACAUUUCACUCGACAGCAACCCAUUUACGAAGAUCACCGAAGGGCUGUUCGCGGAACUUUCCGCGCUCUCGGUGGUGAGCAUGAGCGGCAUCAGUUGGGAUUGCACGUGCCCACAGCUCUGGUUUGAAGAUUACCUCACAGAAAACAAUAUAACAUUGAUAGGCGACAUUGUUUGUAAUACUCCGUCUGACUAUGAAAACAAACGUUCCAAACAGUACGAAUCGGAGACAUGUGCUCAACCUGAUGCAUGUGGAGACCUGCCUGGAAUCGCAAACGGAGAUACUUGUAUCACUUACUGGGACAUAGCAGCCUACAGCCUCCACCCCGUCGCCGUUGUCAUGGCAGCCGUUGCUCUUGGUCUAUCCAUCUACACAAGACGACAACUUGAUUUCGUCAAGGAAGACCGCCAGGGGACGCGACCUCAGCUAGGUCUCCGGAAGUUAAGUGGCUCCGGAUGGAACAGAAUUGUCAGCGAAAAACCAAGUGGUGGCCUAAGCAAGGCCACACCGAGAUCAUCUGUAGGAGGGAAAGAUAAUGACAACGCCAAAGGACCAAGUGACGUUAAGGAGGCUAGGCCCAGCAAAAAACAAAAUGGCGGUGAAACUUUGGUAAAGGAAACAAACAAUAACGAUAACGAGAUUACAAAAAUAGAAACUGAGGACAAUGCUGACGUCAGACAAAAGGCUGACGUUGAACUUUAGCUCUGGCGAAAAUAUGAAAAAAAAUUGCGUCAUAAAAAAACUAAUGUAAUUAAGCUUCAAUGAAAUAUACAAAGCUGAAAUCAUACAAACAUGUGGUCGAACCUAAGCUAUUAAAGAUUUUUAUGUGAUGACGUUGUGAAUAGAAGAUAUGGAAGCCCUGCAGUUUUAAGGUCCGUUAAGCGUGUCAUUUUAUGUAGAAGGUUUACAAAAGUUUACCUUAUCAACAGUUAAUGAUAACCGUUUCAACGAGAACGUUUCGGUUUGCUUACUUUUAUGUUACUUUAUUAAUGAAGUCGUGUGUAACGUAUAUAAACCAAAUUCAAGGAUUCAGCACUGUAAACUCAGGAUGAAAAACACUGGAACAGAUAUUUCAUUUCAAAAUGUACAAAAGUACCACAGAAUGUAUUGAAGGAAAGUCAUGUAUCACAACCAGUAAGUGUUUAUAUGUGACAUUUCAAUGAUUAGUACGGUACGUACCCUGUCAACUACAUCGGACAAACGACCAGUGAAGCGUAUGUACACAAAGUGAAAAAGAAUGUACGCGCUUUUAUUACGUACAAUUAUCAGACAAAUGACCAGCGAAGCGUAUGUACACAAAGGUGUAAAAUACGUACCAGCUUUUAUUACGUACAAUUAUCAGACAAAUGACCAGUGAAGCGUAUGUACACAAAGGUGUAAAAUAUGUACCAGCUUUUAUUACGUAAAAUUAUCAGACAAAUGACCAGUGAAGCGUAUGUACACAAAGGUGUAAAAUAUAAAAUCAAAACCCGAUUCAAAUACGCUAACAUUUAUUCACACUAUGUAAAACCAUAUAUAUAUAUAUGUAUAAGUGUACAGUACAUACGCUUUCAGCAUAUUGUCGUCAACUGUUUGUUCCUGUUAUUUUGUUCAGUCUCUUGUCUUUAAUAUGUUGUUGGACUGUACAGUUGUUAAAAUGUAGCCAGUCCAUCACAACCUAAAGCGAUUAUAAAAUCCAUUAGACAAGAACAAAGACGUAUUGUUUCCAGCAAUUAUGGGAAGGAAGAGCACUCCAACAAAUAUGAGCAUCAAGUCGGCCUAAGGGAAGAGAAAUCACUCCUGUGAAACAGAACAAGCAAUUAUAGUCAAACUAUAUUGACCUGUCGUGUUUACUUUUCAAAUUACCAUUAUUUGAAGAA